UACGCAAUUUGCAUUUGAAAAGAAUAUAGCGUUGAAAAUCCAGAUGGACGGAGAAGUGGGAGGAGUUGGUAUUGGUUUUCGUAAUCAAACCGGCAUUUGACUUUCCGGUGGACAUUUCCGCCGCAUAGUCAAACAUCGUGGGGUCGCUCCGUCGUGUCCGCCAAUAUUUUACCCUUCCUUCUCUUUGAAUUUUCUUCCCCAUCGAAGUCGCAAUCAAUCUUCCCUCGUGUUUCUGAAUCCCAAAAUGUUUUUCAUUAUUUUUCAAUUCAUAUUUGGUCCGUUGUCAGUCUAUGAUGAUUCGUAUUUUAUCUGGUCAAAUUUGGGGGCAGGUCAAAUUUUCAGAUCUCUACCUACUUCUACUUCAUCUUCUUCUUCCUCCUCCUCCUCCUCCUCUGAUCUUCUUGAAUCUUAUCUCAUUCGUGUGGUUCCUCCAAUUAUCCGCUGAUCAUCAGGAGGUUCCACGAUGAUUUCGACGGAGAAGCCGGUUGAGGCUCGCGCUUUGGAGUGUUUAGGGCGAGGGUUUGAUCUGACGAAUGAUUUUAGGUUAAAAUUUGUGAAGGGGAGUGGCGCCGGAGGGCGGAGGUUGGUGGUGAUCGACGAUGUAAAUAAAAGAGAUAUUGUUUUUCCCGAUGGAGGUGUUGUUCAGGGAGUUUCUCAGGACAUUCGUUGCGAUAAAGGAGAUCGAAUUCGCUUCAAAUCCGAUGUUCUUCAGUUCAAUCAGAUGUCUGAGUUACUGAAUCAGAGAUCCUCCAUUCAAGGAAAAGUUCCUUCGGGCUAUUUUAAUUCUAUGUUUAAUUUGAGUGGAGACUGGUUUCAUGAUGCUGCUGAUGCCAAUUAUCUUGCUUUUGAUGGUUAUUUUAUCGCACUAUACUAUUUGCAUUUAACGGCAUCUCCACUUGUAUUACAAGACGAAGUGAAGAAAGCUGUUCCAUCCCAUUGGGACCCAGCAUCGUUGUCCAGGUUCAUACAGACAUAUGGAACGCAUAUAAUAGUAGGAACCGCCAUUGGAGGUCAAGACUUAAUUUCGGUACGGCAGAGACCUUCUUCGUCUAUACCUCCUGCUGAACUUCGGAGACACUUGGAGGAUCUUGGAGAUAUUCUGUUCUCAGAUAAAAGAAGUCCUUCUUCUCUGCAUAGAAAAAGAGACGUGAAGGUUCCAGAAAUAUUUACAAAAAUUUUGCAGUCAAGUUCGAUACAGUUGGCCAAUAUUUCAGAAACAUCAAGCAAGGAUGGAAUCACCUUAAUUUGUUCUAAACGAGGAGGGGAUCCUUUCCUUCACAGUCAUACCAGCUGGCUUCAGACUGUUAGCUUUAAACCAGAAGUUAUUUUAUUCAAAUUUGUACCUAUUACUUCUCUUCUUACUGGGGUUGCAGGCAGUGGUUAUCUCAGCCAUGCGAUAAACUUGUACUUGCGCUAUAAACCUUCUUUGAACGACUUGCAAUACUUCUUGGAGUUCCAAAUUCCGACACAAUGGGCACCAAACUUCUGUGAGUUGCCUCUUGGGCAUCAGAGGAGAAAGGCCACCUGCCCUACCCUGCAGUUCACUUUUAUGAGCCCUAGGACGUACAUCACCUCCACCCAGGUCACAAGUAGUAGGAAACCAUUAGUUGGUCUUCGCCUCUAUUUAGAAGGGAAAAAGUCCAACUGGUUGGCUCUACAUGUACAACAUCUAACCAGCCUUCCAAAAGUCAUGGCUAGAUUGAUUGGCACAUCUGAUCAAUCAAGACGAAGCCAGUGGGUAGGCACCGACGACAGCGACUCCAAUGGUCGAUUCCUCGAACCUGUCAAAUGGAAAAGAUAUUCAAAUGUGUGCACUUCAGUUGUCAGGCACGAUCCCAACUGGUUGAAGCAAGAUGGAAAUGGUGUUUACAUUGUAACAGGAGCUCAGCUUAUCAGCAAGGGGAAGUGGCCCAAGACAAUACUUCACCUACGCCUGCAGUUCACUCACUUGCCCAAUUGUACCAUUCGAAGAACCGAAUGGGCUGCUGCCCCUGAAGGUUCUCGCAAGUCGACUUUCCUCACCAAUCUAAGCACAACAUUUACGUUCACACAGAGAGCUGCUGCUGAUAAAAAGAAGCAGGUCCCAGGUGCUCUGAACUCUGGUGUCUAUGGAGAGGCGCCACCAGUCCCGGUUCGAUCCAAAAAGCUUCUUAAAUACGUCGAUACGUCUGAGGUGGUAAAGGGCCCACAUGAUACUCCAGGACAUUGGCUGGUAACGGCUGCUAAGUUGGUAACUGAGGGUGGUAAGAUUGGUUUGAAUGUAAAGUUUGCAUUGUUAGAUUAUUGUUGAUACAACAGUUGAAUGUAUAGUGGCAUAGGCUUCUAUUUCAUUGAAGGGACUUUCUCACAAUUUUGGUGUGGCAUACUUAAUGUCACAUGAUGCAUUGGAUUUGUUUGCUGUACAAAGGAACAGUCGAAGUUAAUGAGGGAUUACCGGUCUGUGUUGAGUGUUUUUA